AUGAAGGUCAAGCAAGAGAUAGGCGAGAAGGCCAAAAGAGAGACGAAGAAGGCUAAAGACUUAGUCGCGACGAGAGCCUCUAAGCGGAUGAAGAAGAAAGAUGGUUCCGGCGGGAGUUCCUCUUUGGGAUCUCACUCGCCAUCCUUGUUGAAGAGUCAAGAGGUUGUUAACCUCAUGGUUCAGGCUCACGGCCGGAAGGAGUUAGCCAAGGCCUGUUCCUCCGAUGAGUCUCCGGAAUCUGCCCCCGAGGGUUGGCUUUGCAUCCACGAGAAAUAUAUCUCGAAGUGCCAUCUUAGGUUCCCGCUCCCGGACCUCUUGCUAGAUCUUCUUGAUCAUUACCAGUUAGCUCUCUCUCAGCUUUGUCCCUCGGUUAUCCGGGUAGUAAACGGAUUCAUCACCAGGGCCAAAGAGGAGGGAAUCGUUGUUGGUCUAACUGAGUUGAUGAGCCUCUAUGCGAUCAAAGAGAGCUCUACUAAAGACGGUGGUAGCAGUACCUACUAUCUUCCUUGUCGCCCUGGGUUCAGUCUUUUUAAAUCCUCCGGUAGUGAUGAUGAUUGGAGGAAAAAAUAUUUUUUCGUUAAGAUCGAUCCUUCGACAGUUCCAAUGGGUCGUGCUCUCUCGGUUGUUUGGUCCGAGAUAUCUGGUAUCGACGAUCCUCCUAAGCUCACUGAUAAGCAGUCCAGGGCUCUUUUUAGGAGGCUACAUCAAAGUUCCAACGCUUGGUCAUCCUUUACUACUUCUCGCAUUGGAUCAGCCAGGUUCCCGGAACGAUACAACGCCAGUUUCCCCGACCCGAUCCCUGUCGAAGACUUAGAAGUUUCUGAAGGUCCCAACGUAGUGGAAAUUUCAACCGGAGCUAGCACUUCUGAGAACGAAAAGACCCUAGUUCCUAAAAUGAGACCUUCUUUCCGUAACCGAAACAGAUCUGCAGCGGCUGCCGGCGCUUCGCGGGGCAGCGACAAGUCUCAAGGAGGUGCUUUUAUUAACACGCUGAAGGAGGUCCUUGAUGAUGCUCCUGUCAUGGACGUGGGUCCAGCUGAAACUGGAGCUCGAGACGUUGUUCCUCAUCCUGAGGUCUUACCAGCAAUGGACAAUCCUCAUCCUGCCGGAGAUCCCCUCGAAAUUGAGCCUCCAAGACCUAAGAGGUCUCGGACUGAUGUGGGAGACAGGCCAGUCAGGUCCACUUCCUCAUCCUCGCGAGGUGGAACCGUUGGUUGGAGCUUUACCCACUCUAAGCCGGGGUCAAUCUUGGAUGACCCUUGGAGUUUGGCAACUGUUCUGAGGCAUCUGAAGAUGGUGGGGUGCUCUAUGCCCUCAGUCAACAGCUUGACCAACAAGGAAGAAUACGUCGAGAUAGCUCAUCACUUUGGUCAGCUAGCCGGAGCCAUCAACAGAGCUCAGCUAAAGUUUGAGGAGACCGUGCGCGGUGCUCCUACUGCUGCGGAGUUAACUCAGGCUGCUGAAAUGUUCAAGGCUACCAAGAUGGAGCUCGACCAGGCUCGUACUCAGGUUUCUGAGCUUCAAGCCGAGGUCAAGAGGCUUGGAUUGAAGGCUGAUACUCAGCAGGGAAAAAUCGAGAGUCAAGCCAUUGAUAUCCAGGUGAAAGGCAGGAAAAUCAACGACUAG